CGGCAGCCCCAGUGCGCGCCCAAAGCAGCGGAGCGGCAGAGAGGCUCAGCGCAGCUGGGACCAUGGUCUUCUCCGCCCGGGGCUGCCCUGGGCCGCUCGUGCGGCAGCUCCUCCUGCUGCUACUGCCGGCCGGACUGCUUCUGCCGCCCGCCCAGGCCCUGCCCACCGAGCUGCUGCCCGAGGAUUUUGCCAAAGACGAGGCCGGGGCGACACUCUUCGCCCAGAGCUACAACUCCUCAGCGGAGAUCGUCCUGUACCAGAGCACUGCAGCCAGCUGGGCUUACAACGUCAACGUCACCCAAGAGAACGCUCAGCGGCAGGAGGAAGGGGACCUACUGUCUCAGGAGUUCACUGAGGCAUGGGGCCUGAAGGCCAAGCAGCUGUAUGACCCCAUCUGGGAGAACUUCACUGAUUCCAUACUUCGAAGGAUCAUCAGUUCUGUGCGAAUCCUGGGCCCAGCCAACCUGCCCAUAGGACAGCGUCAGGAGUACAAUACCUUGCUGAGCAAAAUGACCGGCAUAUAUUCUUCAGCCAAGGUCUGCUUUCCCAACAAGACUGCCACCUGCUGGGCCCUGGAUCCAGACCUUACAGAAAUCUUGGCCUCAUCAAGAAACUAUGCUAAGCUGCUGUUUGCCUGGGAGGGCUGGCACAAUACUGUAGGUAUUCCUAUGAAAUCUGACUAUCAAACUUAUGUCGCUCUCAGCAAUGAGGCCUAUGAGUUGGAUGGCUUUGAGGACACAGGAGCAUACUGGCGUUCUUGGUAUGAGUCAUCUACAUUCGUGAACGACCUAGAGCAACUGUACCAACAGCUGGAGCCUCUCUACCUGAAUCUCCAUGCCUUUGUGCGCCGUGGCUUGCACCGCCGCUAUGGGGACAAGUACAUCAAUCUCCAGGGUCCCAUCCCUGCUCAUCUACUGGGAAACAUGUGGGCACAGAGUUGGGAAAACAUCUAUGACAUGGUGGUUCCCUUCCCGGACAAGCCCAACUUAGAUGUCACCGACACCAUGGUGCAGAAGGGCUGGAAUGUCACAUACAUGUUCCAGGUUGCAGAAGAAUUUUUCACAUCCCUGGGGCUACUGCCUAUGCCUCCAGAAUUCUGGGCUGAGUCCAUGCUGGAGAAACCGGAUGAUGGGCGAGAAGUGGUAUGCCACGCCUCUGCCUGGGACUUCUACAACAGGAAGGAUUUCAGGAUUAAGCAGUGCACGAGGGUGACCAUGGACCAGCUGUCCACCGUGCAUCACGAGAUGGGCCAUGUGCAGUAUUACCUUCAGUACAAACAUCUGCCUGUUUCCCUGCGAAGUGGUGCCAAUCCUGGCUUCCACGAGGCCAUUGGGGACGUGCUAGCCCUAUCUGUCUCCACACCUGGUCAUCUACAGAAAAUCGGCCUACUGGACAAUAUUACUAAUGACAAUGAAAGUGACAUCAACUACCUGUUAAAGAUGGCGCUAGAUAAGAUUGCCUUCUUGCCCUUUGGCUACCUGGUGGACCUGUGGCGUUGGAAGGUCUUCAGUGGGCUCACAACUCCAUCUCAGUACAACUAUGAUUGGUGGUACCUUCGGACCAAAUAUCAGGGCAUCUGUCCUCCCAUUGCCCGGAAUGAAACCCACUUUGAUGCAGGGGCAAAGUUUCAUGUCCCAUCUGUGACACCAUACAUCAGGUAUUUUGUGAGUUAUGUCCUUCAGUUCCAGUUCCACAAAGCCCUCUGUGCUGAGGCGGGCUACACCGGGCCCCUGUACCACUGUGACAUCUACCAAUCUCAACAGGCUGGUGCCAAACUCAGGGAGGUGUUGCAGGCAGGUGCUUCUCGGCACUGGCAGGAGGUGCUUAAGGAGAUGACGGGCUCAGAGACCCUGGAUGCAGGAGCACUUCUUGAAUACUUUGAGCCUCUCACCAAUUGGCUGAAACAACAGAACCAGAUCAACGGCGAGGUCCUAGGCUGGCCUGAAUUUGAGUGGCGUCCCCCAGUGCCAGACGGCUAUCCAGAGGGCAUCGACAAGCUUACUGAUGAAGCAGAAGCUGAGGAGUUCCUUGAGGACUAUGACCAGUCGGGGCAAGUCUUAACGAAUGCAUAUGUCGAGUCAAGCUGGACUUACAACACAAACAUCACCGAAGAAAAUAGCAAGAUUAUGUUGCAAAAGAACCUGGAGUUAUCUUCUCACACACUACAAUAUGGCACCCGUGCUCGCCAGUUUGACACCAGCAGUUUCCAGAAGUCAUCGGUGAAACGGCUCCUGGAAAAGCUUCAAGAUCUAGGUCAGGCAGCCCUGUCCACUACGGAUUUGGAUAAGUACAACAAGUUACUGGUGAAGAUGGAAUCAGCUUACAGUACAGCCAAAGUGUGCCAGCAGAGUGGUUCCUGCUUACCCCUGGAUCCUGAUUUGACGGAGUUGAUGGCCUCAUCUCGAGACUAUGACAAACUGCUCUGGGCAUGGAAGGGUUGGAGGGAUGAGGCAGGACGAGCUAUCCUUCCCGACUUCGAGGAGUAUGUGGAGCUUAGCAACAAGGCUGCCCAGCUCAAUGGCCAUGCUGAUUCUGGAGCCUCCUGGAGAGCCCAGUAUGAAACACCUUCCCUGGAGCAGGACCUGGAGAAAAUCUACCUGGAACUGCAGCCGCUGUACCUGAACCUCCAUGCUUAUGUCCGUCGUGCCCUAUACCGUCACUAUGGAGCCAAUUACAUCAACCUUCAAGGGCCCAUUCCUGCUCAUCUGUUAGGCAACAUGUGGGCUCAGAGCUGGUCCAAUAUCUAUGAACUGGUGGUACCUUUCCCUUCUGCCAACCAGGUGGAUGCCACUCCAGCUAUGAAAAGCCAGGGCUGGACCCCCCGGAGGAUGUUUGAAGAGGCAGAUAAAUUCUUCCAGUCCCUGGGUCUGCUGCCGGUGACCCCUGAGUUCUGGAACAAGUCAAUGCUGGAAAAGCCAAAUGAUGGGCGAGAAGUAGUGUGCCAUGCUUCUGCCUGGGAUUUCUACAAUGGCAAAGACUUCAGGAUCAAACAGUGCACGACGGUGAACAUGGAGGACCUCAUCGUCAUCCACCAUGAGAUGGGCCACGUGCAGUAUUUCAUGCAAUACAAAGAUCAGCCUCUGACCUUCCGAGAUGGUGCUAACCCAGGUUUCCACGAGGCCAUCGGAGAUGUGCUGGCACUCUCUGUCUCCACCCCCAAGCACUUAUACAGUAUUGGGCUGCUGGAUAAUGAGGGCCAGGGCUAUGAGAGUGAGAUCAACUACUUAAUGAGUGUUGCACUGGACAAGAUUGCCUUCCUCCCUUUUGGUUACCUCAUUGACCAGUGGCGCUGGCGGGUGUUCGAUGGGAGCAUCACCAAGAAAGAUUACAACCAGGAGUGGUGGAACCUCAGGCUAAAGUACCAAGGUCUAUGUCCACCAGUGCCCAGAACACAGGAAGACUUCGAUCCAGGUGCCAAGUACCACAUACCUGGAAAUGUGCCCUAUCUCAGAUACUUUAUCAGUUUUGUGAUCCAGUUCCAGUUCCACGAGGCCCUGUGCCAAGCUGCUGGCCACACAGGUGCACUGCACAAGUGUGAUAUCUAUCAAUCAAAGGAGGCAGGGAACCUCUUGUCGGAUGCUAUGAAACUGGGAUCCAGUAAGCCCUGGCCAGAGGCUAUGAUGCUACUCACAGGGCAGUCCAACAUGUCAGCCACAGCUAUUGUGAACUACUUCCAGCCCCUGCUGGACUGGCUCAUCACCAAGAACAAGGAACAGGAAGAGACACUGGGCUGGCCUCAGUAUGACUGGACUCCGUAUUCUGGUGCCUCCAGUGCCCCCAACAGUGGCAAAGUCAGCUUCUUGGGAAUGGAGCUGGCGCCUGGGCAAGCCAAAGCAGGGCAGUGGGUACUGCUUUUCCUGGGCCUGGUGUUGCUCGUGGCUAUAUUGGGCUUGGCCUAUAAGAUAUAUGACCUCAGACGACAACAGGAGACUUAUUUUGGCUCUGAGGUGGAACUGAGACACUCCUGAGACUAAGCCAGGACUGAAAAGAAAUGGAAAACCAUGUGGAGAGAAGGGGCGGGGGAAUGGUGGAGGGGAGAAAUGGAAGACAUGCUGAGGACAGAGCUUUGGCUGUUAAGGACCAGGGAGCUCAAUCCACUGGACUCUGGACCUCAUUCUGUUUCUACACUGCCCCACCUCCAUCUUAUUACCACUCUCCUCUCCUUUUUUCCUUCUCACUUUCUUCCCUUCCUCCUGUAUUUCCUCUUUUUUUCUGGCUUCUCCGAUUAAGUCAAGCUCUCCUAACUAUGCAAGAUGCUAUAGGACCAUUCCAUCUCAACAGGCAACACAUCCCCAAACACUCCUUCCAUGGUGGACAUCUGAAGGGGGACGGAGCUGGAAUUGGGAGAGAGAGCUUGUUUGUUUUCCUGCAGCUUAUUAUCGAAACCUCCGUAGGUCAGGUAUGAUAUGCUCAGUAGGAGCUAACUAGCCUCUCCCCCUUCAAAGAAUCCCACUACCAAGAACCUAUAUGAAUGAAGUUAAAGGUUCUAUUUCAUUUUCUUAAGCUGUAAACCAUUCCCUAAGCCCUCUUGCCCCCAAAAUAGUAAACACUAGCUUGGGAGAUUGGGACUUGUAACACCUGAAGGCAGCAAGCACUGAGGUCCAGUCUUCUAUUCAUAUUCCAUUUUCCCAAGCAUCUACACCCAAUGCUGAGACAUCCUCCUACAGAAGAACACAGGAAGUACUACAGAGAAAAAAAAUAGUCUUCCAGCCCCAGCCCCCCUCCCAACCUGGCACCCAUUUAGCAUGCUGUAUUGAAACCACUACUUUCCCUCUAGCCAGCCUUCUCUCCAGACCCUCUUAUCUCUCUGUUAUAAAGGUCGAGAGAAAAUGGGGGACUCCCUUACCCCCUACUACCAGAGGCCCCAGCUGUACACUGUCUACCCAGAAGAAGUAUUACACAUCCUGACUGUGACCUCCAGGAGGAGAAUUUGGGGAGAUAUCCGGGUCAAACUGAGUAGGGAGGCUCUUAGAUACAGACUUCCUGGAAAGCCAUAACUAGGUCCGGGUGACUGGGGGUGGGAGGAGUGGCUAAAAAAUAGAACACUGACAGCGCUUUAUGUCCUUCAGUAACAGAAACAAUUGAGCUUAGUAGCUAACCUGCCAGGAAAAAAAGUAAUUAAAACAGGAAGAUACAAGCUGGAAGCUUCUUCUACCCAGGCAGCCACAUUUCAAGUGAUCUUUUCAUUAGCCUAGCCUUGCCACCAUCCACGGCAAUCUCUUCCCCAGCAGUGGCCUUGUGAUGUCCUGGUAUUUUUACUACAACCCCUCAACUGAAUUGAGGGAAAGCAUUGUGCAACUCACCUGAGACACAGAAACAGCUAGGUGAGUCUCUGCUUCCUGCUGAAAUUGAAAGUGCCUUGUCACUGUCCCUGUCCUGUUCUGAAAAGUGCCCAAAUUGUGACGAGUAGUGAAUUUACAUGCUCUGUAUACCCUUUGUGGAAGGUCCCCCAUUGGCCUCAAGUCAAGUACUUGGCCCUCACUCCCCUGGGGCUUAAUCUGUCCCACUGCUCAAUCCAACCCAAGUCUGUGGCCUAGAUGGGGUAGGGAUGGGGGUGGGGGUGGUCCCAGGGUCCACCUGAGGAGGAUGUCAUUGUCUCCUGACUUCUUAGGGGAAGGAGAUUGCCAGGGGAGGGAGACAACCCAAGAUGUGAAUGAGACUGAUAAGUGUGAGAUCGAUCUGACUUCCUGGCGUCAGUUCUUAUUUUGAUCCCUUGUAGUUCUGUGCCCAACAGAUUGUAAUUAAACGAGAACAACAAACAUUUAGUGAGCAGAGCACGCUGUCAAGAUGUAGGGGGCACAGGAGACAUAAAGUUCAGGUGGUAUAGUCUGCUCCAGGCCGUGGGAUGCUAACUAUAGUUUACUCCAAAAUGCCUGAGAUUUACUCAAGGCCUUUAUAAACAAGUACCAGGGAUGUUGCUGACGUCCCUGUCUGUGGCUUCAUUUCCCACUUCCACUACUCAACCCUAGACCUCAUAAAAUGAUCCUUUGAAGUGAUGCAGGGGUCUUUCCUCGGCUCCAGUUGCUGUGAUGCCCAGGCUCGUGCUGAAGGAUAGCUGCUCAUUUACUAUCCUUUGCUCCUCCCCCUGUGAAUAGAUGAAUGGAAGACUAAAUUAUUUAAACACCAUUUUCCAAGCCCCAUGCUAUGCACCGGGCAUACAAACACAAAGGCAAAGGGAGUCCCUGCCCUCAGAUUAGAUUCUAAUAUGAAAAGUGACAAAAGAGGGGCAUUUUGGUUUAGUUAAUUACAGGAAUAGGAGGAAGCAGAUAGAAAAGAUGAACACAAUCAUUCUAGGAGCAAUGAUAGAAUUGAUAUGAUUAUGGUUCAAGUAUGGCAGCUAUGAUUGUGAUUUUUUGGUAAGAAGAUGGCCUGGGAAGUGAGGUGAAACAUAGCUGGAAUGGUUAGCUUAAGCAGCCACGGAGGAAGACAGUGGGGCCCAGGGCAGGAGUUUGGGGGGGAGGGGUGGAAUUCCUCCAGGUAGUGUCUGUCCUAGGCAACCAGCGGUUGGUAAGAUAAUGGUCAAAGGAGUGAAAUGGACAUAUGGACCUUCGCCUUUCAUUGCCCACAUCCCAUACAACCUGGGCACUCUGAGGAUUAGCCAUUUCUCUGUCUUCAAGAGCCAGUCAAUGACUCCGUCAGGUUUCUAAGACUUUCCCAGUGGGUUUGGAAGCGCUUUGAGGAUAAAAGUCUUUGUAUUCGAUUCCGACUCUUUUUCAGGAUCUAGAUAAAUUUUGCAAUAAAUAUAUUUAAAA